CGGCUCGGCCGACAGACGCGUCCGCGACACCGAGUAGGAAGGUAGUGUUCUCUGCGUUCACGGAGCUCGUCUCGACGUAGCUCGUGCACUCGACGAUCAUCCUCGUCGUAGUUUCUUAACACGGAUAACGCGGCAUCGACACGCGACCGGAAGAAGGAACGAUAGUUUUUCCUCUUGUUAUACCGAUUCGAACCUUCACCGUGGAGAUUCUUACGCGUGGUGGACAGUGAGAAAGCGUCGCUCCGUUUGGCUGGCUAAGCGACCCGUGCGAAUCGCAAGUGCGUGAGAAAGUACGGGGGUGUGCUCCAGGCGAGAAGGAUACCGCUCUGUUUCGCUAGCUUUCUUGUGCCUCGUCCCGUGAGAUUCCUCGCUGUGAUCCCGAACGAUCUUAGUAUCUCCUUACAAGUUCCUCCUAGAACGUCAAUAUCGCGUACGAGGACUGGUGCUCCGAAAUUCAGUGUCUCCGAGAAAUUUUGUUUAUAUUUUGUUUCGGUGGUGAGAAACGUUUCAUAGAAUUUGGUGAUAAACAAAGUUCUUUCGACAUCGUAUCGUUUUCAAUGAUGGUUAGCAAGUUCACGGUUGUUCGAUGGUUCGCGUGAUCCCGUCGCCGAGCGUCGGAUACUGUUCUCGCUGCGAAACGCCAUCCACCGUUGAUCGGUGAAUUCGUCGUGAAAAAAAAAUCGUGUCCCCGAUGCGAACCUCUCGGAAAGUAUCUCUCGUCGAUGGUUUCUCGUCGCUGUGAUCGGAUCGCUGAAAAAUAUUUCACCAAUGAGAGGGCUAGCAAGGUGCACUCCAGGUGAGCGAAACACGGGGUGGACCCAUGGAACGCGUAGCUCGAUGGACGUGUAUGGAAACAGCAGAACACCGGAGAAUCAUCGUCGAUUCUAACCGAUCGCCGAUCAAUUCCAUCGAAGACAACGUAUCUUCCGUUUAAUCGUUCAGCUCGAAGACGCGAGCCGAUAGUGUACGGAAAGUGUGUUUACUUGGUGUACGGGAAACUUGAAGGAUAACAUUCGAGCGAAGAAAGAAAAUAGGAUACGCGAGUCAUACGUUUGAUCAUCCGAGAGAGAAAUAUAGCAAAAGAGAAAAUAGGAAUUAGAACAAGCGAUCUAAACACGGAGAAAGUGAAGUGUGGAUGUGGUGUGUGUGCAACGGUGGUGGAAGGUGGUUGUGGACGACAGCAACAAAGGUGCAGGUGUCGUCGUCGUUGUUGUUCUUGUUGUUGUUGCUUGUUGUAUCUCGGUGAACGGUGGUGACGCGGUGCGCGCUGCUCGUUCGUCCACGUAUUUACCAUGGUUUCCACGUCCUUUGUAACUCUGAUGUUCCUCGUCUGCUUGCAAACGGUUCUACUCUCGACUGUGAGCAAUUGCGCGAAGACGAUCAACAUGUAUUGGAACACCACCAAUUCCAUAUUUCGAAUAGACAACACGGAUCACAUAAUAGACGUGAACAAGAACAAUGCGGCGUUCGAGUACGAUCAAGUGAACAUAAUAUGUCCCGUGUACCAACCUGGAACGUAUGACAAGGAAACGGAAAAGUACAUCGUUUACAACGUAUCCAAAGAAGAAUACGAAACAUGUCGGAUAACGAAUCCGAUUCCGCGGGUGAUAGCGGUCUGCGAUAAACCGUACAAGACAAUGUACAUCACGAUCACCUUCAGGCCGUUUACACCGCAGCCUGGAGGCCUAGAGUUCCUUCCAGGACACGAUUACUACUUCAUUAGCACCUCCUCCAAAGAGGACCUGCACUUGCGCGUCGGUGGACGAUGCGCCAGUGACAACAUGAAGGUUGUCUUCAAGGUGUGCUGUGGCAACGACGCUGACACCUCCUCCUCGUCCGCAACAUCCCGCAACAACUCCGUGACCGUGACAAGCAGCACCGUGCCAAGCAGCAGCUCGACCAGCACCGCAGUUUUGGGUGGAGGAAUCGCUGGACUACCACCCCCGCAACCACCGAGCGUCCUCCAGGGCGGAGAUCGAUCCUACCCAGGGGGCAACAUUCAUCAUCAUCAACCGGCCACGGCGGCGCCGACCCUGCCCCACGCGCACCCUCCGGCCAUCUACCCCGUGCAUCCGCAUCAGCCUCCGAUUCACAAUGGACCGCCGUCCUCCUCGUCGCCCAAGACCUCGAUCGGCCAGAAGAAGAAGAACAAGGAAUAUUCGGACCACCCGAACGAAGUUGUGAAGAACGAAGAACUGACGUACAACGGUGGGAGUUCCAGCCGCGUUCACAAUUGUUACAGCCAACUGGUGGUUGUGUUGACGGCAAGCUUCCUGAUCAGCACGAUUCUGCCACAGUUAUUGCGGUGAAGCGACCACACUAUCGACGAGAACGUAUAUCCCAUACGUCGAAACCCCUUUUUCUGUGAUUAUCCUACGUUUAAUUAAUUUCUUGAGGCACGCGCGCCCUUUGCGCGGCCGCCCCUCGAUCGUGAAAAAUAAAACGCGCACGAUUUAUGGUCGGACUGCCUCGAGAGAAAGAGAUGAAGAAAAGGAUGGUUUUUUAGGGAAAGAACGAAAGAAUGGUGAAAAGAGAAAGAGAAAUGAAUAAAAGAAAGAAGAAAACACACAGGGGAGCGUCAAGAGAAGAGAGACACGCACGACACACGAGCAGCAACGCCAUAUUAACUAUUCGAAAUGGAAGCACGAAGACGUAGGUAGUAAGAUUUACGAAGAAAGACGAAACGCUACUACUAGACACUAUUAUAGUAUGCCCACUAUUAUCACUACUAUAAAUGGUAGUCGUAUUGGUUGUCCUUCUUAUCAUUACGCUAAUUCUAGGUAUUUAUUCGAAAUACGAGCGAAGUCGUGAACAGCGUGUUAACUAUCCUCGAACGUGAUACACGCUAAGAUAAACAUCCGUCAGUGAAACGCGAAAAGACUUCUCCUCGAUGAUGAUUUUUAAGGAGAACCUUCAUUGUAUCACGCAAACCACUUCGAUGUUGAACGAACGGUCCUCUGUCACGAAUACCACGAUCUCUUUGCACGAAUCGCAAUUAAGAUCGUUAAAGGGUUAAAAAAAAAAGAAAAUCGGUUGUUCGAGUCAGAUUCGUUAUUAGACACGAAAAGUCUCCGAUACGAAUUUCCUUACGAAUGUGUUUCACUUGGAAGCCUUUUUCUUUGUUACACUUUUAUUAUCGUGUCCAUGUCAUAAUUGAGGAUUAAUUAUUGACAGUAGCGCCGCUAGUCAAAUCGAGAUAACGACGAAUUACGAUUGUUUGAAAAAAGUAGCGCCAUUAGUUGAAUCCAGAUUUAUCGAACGACAUCUGACAGAGAACCAUUCGCCCCACCCCCGUGAAUCGCGAGCAGGAUAAUUAACAGGCGUGUAAAUAAAUUCCUAAUGAAUAUGUACAAGUGGCUCUUGCCUGGUGGCAAGGUUUAAGAGAGUGCCGUAAUACUAGGUAAAAAUCUUCUAUAUGCUAGACGGGAAGGAUGUGUGAAAGAGUGUGACGUGCGUGAGUGUGUUAACGAGAUGCGUGUACAACACUGAACACGAGGAUCGUCCAUUUGGAUAGUGAGUGUCAGAGAGAACUGUGCAAACGUGCGACGAGCUUUUUCGAGUUCCAGGCGACGGUUUUCCAGAACCGUGACACAUUUCACUUACCACGUGAAGUCUCGUCGACGAGUGAUUCCCUCGCUUCGAUCGAGUUUCCUUGGAAUGAAAAACGAAAGCAUGAGAGACUGAUCGCUGGGCGAGAGAGAAGUAAGAUUUUUGUAUCAUAGUUGUACCAUACCGAACUCUAUCUAUAGAUCUGUAUUAUAUUUAUUAUCCGCUAUCAUUACGCUACGAAUAAUCACACUCGAUAUUCUCUAUAUUUACUAGUAAAGAAAAAAAAAAAUAUCAAAUUUAAUAGCGAAUAAAUUUGCGUAUUCGGCGGGGUAAAAAAGAAAAAUGAAAGAGAAAGAAAACGACAACGUGCAAAAUGAAUUUCACCCUGUCACCAUCGGAUCCGUUCAUUCUGAUUUUCCGUUACUCUUUAAUUAUCCACGCGUUAUAUCGCCUCCGAGCGCGCACCGCGAUUCUAAAUCAAUUUGGCCGUGCGAUCGUCGAUUCCAUUGUAUCGUCACUUCGGUUCUCCCAAUGUCCUUUCGUUUUUGAUACUAUAUUUAUUGUACACCGCCGCGCAGACUUAGUUUCUAUACGCGUAUCGACGAACAUACGCGCAAUGCGGAUCGCAUUUAUUUGUAAAGCGUUACAGGAUUACAUGUAUACAUGCACACUGGCCACGAUCGUUACACGCGAUCCGUCGUGCGCCUCUUUCAAGCCCCGUUCCAAACUUAAGGAUCGUUGAUUUUUCGUGACGGCGAAUCGCCGUUUGAUCCAGGCGAUCCAACGAUCACGCGAUCACCAUCACGAGUCCGGAAUCGCUACCGAAUACAAAUACUGCCAUAUUUACAGUUAACGUCGAUUAUCUCUGAUUUAAUCGGUCGAGACACGACGUCGUGCGACACACGCACCUGUCGUCCUCCGAAAUCGUCCUUUCACGGUACAUUUCUUUCGCGUCGACGCCAUCUCGUUCGACGUCCGAUCAACGAGCACAGUAUCGUUGCACAAUCGUUACCGGACUUCUUAUCGACUCGUGAACGGCGAGAUACGGACGGGGCUUGAGGAUGGAUGAAAGAGGACGGAGGAAAUGACCGUUUCGCCGUUGGUCACGGAACAGAUACGACAACUAGAGUAACGAGCUAUUUGUAAAUAUAUACGAGUAUGCGAAGAGGAUAGAUUUAUCGCAUAAUGCCAGAGCAAGCGAAUGCGUAUAAAUAGAAAUGAAAUGAAACCCCAAUUCCGAAUCGUAGGUAAUAAAAGAUGAAAUGUAUUCCGAAGGCUGCUCGAUAAAAACCGACUCGUUUUCGUCAUUAUUCAUUGAUGGUUUAUCGUCCUUAAUAUAAUACGCGACAACCAAUUUCAAAUAAUAAAAAAAAAAAAAUAUAUAUAUAUAUAUGAAAAGUCAAUGACCACGAUCAGCCGAGAGUGUUGAUGAAAACGGCGGAAACUAAAUGCGUGUAUAAUGUUAUCCAUUACAGUAUUGUAAGCCUAAGUAUUACAUGCCUCCGAUCCACGUCUGUUUGUCUGUCUGUCCGUUCGUCUGUCUACAAGUUUGUACUUUUACCCAUGUGUUUAACCGCAAUAGCCAGUUUGUAAUCGUAAGGGCCGAUCGAUGACGAAAGCAGUCACGAUACUCUCGUUUUUGUUUCACCAUUCAUAGCGAUUCUUCUUAUUCUAUAUUACGAAGUUUCAUUUAGUUUCUCUUCUAGUCGUUUUCGUUCACACGUGGAAUUGUUUGACCCUCGACAACCCGCAAAUCGACACCCAAUGACAAUCACCCGAAUAUUUGUAAAGAGAGAGAAAAAAAAAAAAAAAAAAAAACAGAAAAAAAAUGAAUCGAGUCUGUCAACGUAGAUCCGUUGUUUAUAGCGAUCAAGAGACCUCUUAGAUCUUUAUUAUCCUCCACCGGUAGUUAUUCGCGCGAUAUAUUGUACAAAAUGUUUUUUCAUACAACUUCGAAGUUCGGUUUGCGGGUCUGAGAGGGUGGUCACUUCGUAAAUGGGACGCAAUUGUACGAUGCGUUUACGUUAUCUCGAUCGUUCGUCGAUACGGAACAGAUUCGAAUCGUGAAUGUGUUGUCGGAAAGACUGCUGAUAUAUCGGUCGACUUGAUAGCGAAUUUAAUCAGAGCAAGCAAAUCAGCCCGUAACCGAUAACAUAAAUGCAAUAGCAAUGCAGAAAAGUUACAUAGAUCCAAUGUGAAUGGUACUUCAUUCUUACGGACGAUAGGUAAAUAACAGUAUAACAGUAAUAUAGACUUCGAACUAUCGAUAGAAAAUAGACAAGGUCACUCACUGCAAUUUAUAUUUUAUUUUUUCUUUCCUUCUUUCUUCAUUUUCUUAUUUUUUUUCUUUUUUCUUCUCUUUUCGUUUUCGUUACAACCGAUUCCAAAGCACCGUAUCCUUAUCCGAUCACGAACACACGCGAAACGCUGCUCCUCGAGAGUUAUUUUUAUAACCGCAAACAGGGACACGCAUCGUCCAUUGAUAUUUAAAUGGAGAAAAAAAAAGAAAGAUAUAUUGUGUAGAUACCAUACGUUAGAGAAUUAAAGAUACAGCGUUAUAAUUGUAAUUUGCCGAUAAAAGGAUCAAUUAUAUCUAGCGAGUUUCAAAUCGAUCUACAAAACGAGGCGCAGCUUUCGCGUUCAAUUAUCCCAAAGACAUCCGAAUACCUUCGCCCAACGAUUUUUCAUCGUUCGUUUUUUCGCUAUUUCAUUGUGUUAUCCUCUCGUGUGCGUGUUUAAGAACAAUGUCAAUGGUUAAUUAAUUCUCCUUGACGAACUCUACAGCACGUACUCUUGUUGCGUACGGAAAAAGGAAAACAGGACUUGUUCCUCUCUUCUCGAGACAGAGGGUUUAAGGAGUUUAAAGGAGAGAAGAAGAAAAACAGAAUCCAUUGAUUAUAUUUACCGCGUCGAAUCAACACCGCCGCGGAUUUAUAAAUGGGAUCGAGAUGAUUUCGUAGGUACGUCGUUGUAAAUAUAAAAAAAAAAAAAGGAUUACGAUCAAUAACGAUAACACGAUGAAAUUUAUAUUAAAUACAUAGCAAGUAACGAGGAUAGGUUUCUAAUAACAAUUUAUUAUAAAAUAAAAAAAAAAAUGAAUGUACGUUGAUGUCUAAGAUUUUUAACAAGAUGGAAAAAAAACACAAAGUGGUUAUUAUUAAAACUAUGAUUAUUACUCAUAAUCGAGAACACAAGUACUAAUUAAACGAGAGCGUUUCAAUGCAGAACCACACUUUUUAGCCAGGUCAUGAAUUCUCUCACGUUGCAUAUAUUAAUUUUGUAACAGGUACAAUUACAUGACACAAAUGAUCACGGUCACGGAAAGCAUACGAAAGGCGCCAUGUUUAUAAUAAAACACCCCCUUUCUUUCAUCCUCUUGAAUACCUUGUAUUUGCAUAGAAAUUAAACACGAAAAGUACUAAAAAUGACAUCAUAAUUUACUUUUAUCAUAAAUUAGGGAUUGGCAGACUAGGGUUCCUUUUCUAUUUUCGUAUAGACUGCGAAUUGAGAAUAAUUUUUGAAUUUUUAAAAAAAUAUUUAAAUAAUGAGACCAAGAAUUAACACGAAGAAGAACCGAGUUGGUAGCUUCAUCCUUACCAAAAUGGCAGCUGAAGUAACGAACCGGAAGUGGUACCAGCAAGAAUCGUGGUUCUACGAAUUAUCAAUAAGUACAGAAUAAUUUCAAUUUUUCAAUUUCUUGAUUAACAAAAUUUGAUAGCUCGAAAGAGAUAAGUUUCUUUAUUCUUAUCAAAAUGGCAGCUGAAGUAACGAACCGGAAGUGGUACCAGCAAGAAUCGUGGUUCCACGAAUUAUCAAUAAGUACAGAAUAAUUUCAAUUUUUCAGUUUCUUGAUUAACAAAAUUUGAUAGCUCGAAAAAGAUAAGUUUCUUUAUUCUUAUCAAAAUGGCAGCUGAAGUAAAGAACCGGAAGAGGUACCAGCAAGAAUCCUGGUUCCACGAAUUAUCAAUAAGUACAGAAUAAUUUCAAUUUUUCAAUUUCUUGAUUAACAAAAUUUGAUAGCUCAAAAAAGAUAAGUUUCUUUAUCCUUAUCAAAAUGGCAGCUGAAGUAACGAACCGGAAGUGGUACCAGCAAGAAUCCUAGUUCCACGAAUUAUCAAUAAGUACAGAAUGAUUUCAAUUUUUCAAUUUCUUGAUUAACAAAAUUUGAUAGCUCGAAAAUGAUAAGUUUCUCAACCCCUGGUGAUCUGAAUUUUUAUUUUCACAUAAACAUAGCGUGAUCCACGUAUGGUAUCCGUGAUCGUGAUCCCUAUAGAUUGCGUGUGCUCACCAAGUAUGCACGUUCAGUACAGUACAGUCGUUCAUUACAAAGCAUUAAAAAUACAAUACAAAGUAGUGUAGUGUUCAUAAUGGUAGUCCACUUGUAGCGAAAUAGUAUUUAAAACAGUCCAAGCAGACAAAAAACCGGAAAAAACACAUAAUCGACAAAAAAAAAAAAAGAAUGAAAUGAUAACAGGUAACCGUAACACAGUAAACGUGAAUCAACUUUCAUGAAGUACAUGCAAGACACGCACACUCAUCAUACACUCGAGCACAUAUGCUCGCUCUAUCUCUCUAUCUCUCUCACACAUACAUACACGUACACAUGAUAUGUGGUACCGCGAUAAACGCGACUCUACGAGCAACAAAAAGGAAUAUGUAUUUAAAUGUACACACAUAGAGGUAAAAGAAAAGGCGACGAAGUGGCGGGAUUUCGUCCACGCAAACGAAAAACGCACGUGCGUGAAUUCACUCGCAGGAAAAAUGUAAAAGACGUGAGAUCACGACGCCUGGACGGCAGAUUCGUCCGCGUCCCAUCAUUUAUAUAGCUAUUAUUGUAUUAUGUAUGUCGAUAUACGGUCACAUAUAUCGAUGGUAAACGAAAGUAACAGAAACGAAAUGAAAAAAAAGAAAAGUAACUUGAAAAAAAAAAAAAAA